AUGGCGGACCGCUUCGCCGCGCUCGCCGGCUAUGCCGAAGACGACGAGUCGGGCACCGACUUCAACUCGACGCGCGCCGGCGCCCCCGCCGGCGGGCUCACCACCAUGCUCGACGCCAGCAGCGACUCGCUCCUCGUGCCCGUGGCCGCAGCCAAGGCGUCGGCCGCAGCGGCGCCGCAGCGCACCGCACCGCCGCCACGUCCGCUCUCGCCUCGCCAGACCAACGCGCCCACAGCGCAGCCGUCUGAUGCGCGGCCCGCUCCGCCGCCCGCCACGCCCCGCAUCGCCGGCGCCGGGCCGCGCGGCAACGACGCUCCCUCGACGCGCCGCAAGGCCGAGCACCGGCGGCUGCAGGGCAUUCGCAUCCUGGCCGGCGAGGAUGAGGCUGCGGCUGCUGCAGCGGCGGCAACGGCCGCAGCCAUCGCAGCCGACGACGACGAGCUCCUGUCGGAGGACUCCGACGACGAGCUGGCGCGCAUGCAGGCCGACAUGUCGCGCGCCGCCGACACGACGGCGGGCAACGGCGACGAGAGCGCCAUGGUCGGGCUGCGCGCGCAGAAGCAGCGGAUGCAGGGCGGCAUCAGCCUGAAGGGCAACGAGGAGCGCACGCGUGCGCUGCAGGCCGAGAACAACGAGCUCAAGCUCGAGGUGGACCUGCUGCGCAAGCGCUACACGCACAACGACGCCCUGCGCGAGCUGGCCGUCGUCGUCAAGGAGCGUGCGGCGCUGCAGCAGCAGCUCCUGGGCCUGUCGCAGUUCGCCAACAAGACACUCGAUGAGGCCAAACUGUCGAAGAAGAUCAUCAAGAAGCUCGGCACCGACACCGUCGAGAGCCUGCGCGAGGCCGCUGAGAACGCGCGAGCAGAGGCCAGGGAGGAGCGCGAGCGCGCCGAGGCGUUGCGGCGUGAGCUGGCAAGCGCGAGGCAGAACGAGGCGGGAUCAGUCCAGCAAGAGGCCGAGAUCAAGGCCCUGCGCGACGAGCUCGAGGGCAUCAAGCUUGACCACAAAGACGAGCUGUUUGAGCUGCAGAAGGAGAAGGAGGACCUGGAGGACCGCAUCGAUGCGCUUGCCGCUACGGAGCGCGACCGCGAUGCCGCCGAGGACCAGGUCGCUGCUCUCAACGAGGAUCUCGCGGCGCUGCGUGCGGAGAACGAGCAGAUGUCCACGCAGAUGGAUCAGCUCGAGGAUGUCAAGGCCGCUCUGACCGAGGAGCUGGACAAGCGCCAGACGCACUUGCAGGAGCUGCUUGCAUCAGAAGAGGCCCUCCAGGCCGAGCUUGAGGUUGGGCGGCAGCGUCUCGAGCUGCAGUCUGAGGAGCGGGGCGCGCUGGCGGAGGACAUGGAGCGCCAGCUGCGUCACGCCGAGGACUCGAUUGCUGAGCGCCUGCAGCAGCAAAUCAACGCCCUGCGCGACGAGCUCAGCGAGGCGAACGUCCAUCUACAGGAUCGCGAGAACCGCGUCGACGACCUCGAGCUCAAUGCGGCAGAGCUCAAUGCGCAGCUCGAGCAGGCAGAGACGGAUCUCAAGGCCCUCGAGGAGGCGUUGAAUGAGAAGACCGAGGCGUGCGAGGCGGCCUACCGCGAGGGCGAUGAGCUCGAGGCAGCGCGUGACGAGCUCGAGGCCAAGCUCAACGAGGCGAACGCCGCCAUCGAGACGCUCGACCAGGAGAUGGAGGACCGGCAUCGCGAGGUGGAGCAGACGAAUGCCGAGAUCCGCGAUCUCUCGGAGCGGAAUCAGCAGCUUGAAGAGCAGGUCGACGAGCUGAACGCGGAGCUGCAGCACGUCAAUGACCGGCUUAGCGCGACGGAGGAGAAGUUUGUCGAGGAGACGCAGCUUCUAUCGCGCAAGAAUGCUGCGCUGAAGGAGCGACUGGCGGACGCCGACGCUGCGCUUGCGGAUGCCCAUGCCCAGGGCGACGCCACGCAGCACGACAUCGAGGACGCGCUCAAGGAAUCCAGCGCGCUUGGCCGGCGCGUCGACCAGCUCAAGCAGGAGCUCGACGACGUGCACAGCGAGAAGGACCGCAUCGAGGCCAAGCUGGACGACGUGCUGUCUGAUCUGCGCGACGAGGAGCGGCUGCGUGAGAAGGCCGAGGACGAUGCUGUCGCGCGUUUCGAGGAGGCAGAGAAGAAGUACCGCGGCAUCAUUGACGACAAGGAGGACGACAUUGCCUCGCUCAAGCAGGAUCUCGCCUCGUCGGAGGCGGCGCUGCAGGCCCGCCUCGAGGACCUGGAGCGCCUGCAGGACGCACUGCGCAACAAGGAGUCCGAGAGCCGCCGGCUCGGCCAGAGCCACUCUGACCAGCACCAGUCGCUUGAGCUCGAGAUUGAGCGCCUCAAGCGUGACCUCGCGCGCUGCGAGGCAGACCUGGAGCGGGCGCGCAAGGACCUCGACCGCAAGGACGAGACGCUGCGCGAGCGCGAGGACAGUCUGGCCCGCCUGACCACCGAGCACCGCAGCACGGCGGACAAGCUCGCCUCUGAGAGCAGCGCGCUGCAGAGCCUGCAGGAGAAGCUCGCGGCACAACUCAGGGCCGUGGAGGACAAGCAGGCCGAGCUGGAGCAAGCUCGCGCGGACGUCACGCGCCUCGAGCGCGAGCUCGCUGCCGGAGACCGCUCGCUGGCCGCGGACCAGGAGAAGACGCGCAAGCAGCUCAAGGAGAGCAACAAUCUGCUCAUGGAGAUCUACGACGAUCUCAGCAAGUCGAUCACUGCCGACCGCGCCACGCCACGCAAGGGCGCCGUGGAGCCCAAGCCGUUCAGCAACUUUGUCGUCUUCCAGGACAAGCUCGUGCGCCUCGUCGCGCGCGUUCUCACAUUCAAGUCGCAGUUUGCCGAGCGCGCCAAGGCCAUCGAGGAGCAGUUCGGCGAGGCGACGCAGGCGCUCAAGCGGCAGCAGGAGGCCAAGUUCCGGCAGCUCGAGAAGCUCGAGGCGACUGUGGUCAACGUGCAGGGCAAGCAGACGCAGUGGCGCGACCGCGUCAAGAUGAAGACGGACGAGCUCGCCGCGGUCAAGGCGACCAAGUCGGAGCUCGAGGCGCAGCUGAGCUCGCUGCGCACGCGCGCGGCACUCAGCUCGCCGGGCGAGGGCAACAAGCAGGCGGCGCUUGCCUCGCGCGCCGGCGGUCUGGAGCGGCGCCUCGCGACGGCGCAGAGCCAGCUGACGCAGGCCGAGGAGCGCCUCGCCGACGCGCGCGUCAAGUACAGCGAGGGCGAGGGCAAGUGGGCGGCGCGCAUCAAGGAGCUCGAGAUGCGCUGCCGCCAGGCCGAGGAGAAGUACAAGCGCGAGCGGCAGGGCGCAAAGGAGCGCGUCGCGGAGAUGAACGAGCAGAUCAAGCAGAAGGAGAAGGAGGUCGAGGCGGCGAACCGGCGGCGAGGGACCGUGGCGCACGUCGCCGAGAACCUGGCGCGCGUCGCCUGAGCUUGUGUAUCGUCUCGGAGUGGCUUGUCUGCCGUCGUCAUUGCUCUGUAACCUCCGUCACCUGGGCCGCGCGCUAUCCAUACCCCCUCUGUAGUCUAUCUCGCCCUUGCAUUAUCAUCAUGUGCCAU